AUGCAUAGUAAUAAUGAAAUUGGUUCAAUUCAACCGAUCGAAGAAAUAGUUCGUUUAUGUCGUCAAUAUGGCUCAUCUGAUCUUGUUAUUCACAGUGAUGGAUCACAAUCAAUUGGAAAAAUUGCAGUGGAUGUAUCAAAUCUUGAUAUUGAUUUAUUAACCAUAUGUUCACAUAAAUUUCAUGGACCAAAAGGUAUUGGUGCUCUUUAUGUUCGUCAAGGAAUUAAAUUAGAAACAAUUCUUUAUGGUGCACAACAUGAACAAGGUCUCCGACCAGGUACUGAAAAUGUUUUAGCUAUUAUUGGUUUAGGUACAGCUUGCCAAUUAAUAUCAAAUAAAUAUUUAUUAAAUAAAAGAAUUGAACAAAUGAAACGAACACGUGAUAGACUUUAUCAAGGAUUAAUUAAUCAAUUUAAUCAGUAUGAUGCAAAUGUUAUUAUUCGUAAUGGAAAUGAAAAAUGUCUAUCAAAUACAUUAAGUUUAACUUUUCGCGGAAUAAAUGCUAAACAAUUAGUUAAUAAAUUAAAUGAUCGAUUAGCAUUUUCAACAGGUAGCGCAUGUCAUGAAGAUACACAACAUCAUUCAAUAUCAACAACACUCCAAGCGAUUGGUCUUCCUUAUAAAUUAGCACGAAGUACAAUUCGAUUAAGUACAAGUUAUAUGACAACGGAUGAUGAAAUUGAUCAAGCUAUUAUUCUUAUUACAAAUGCUGUCAAAGAACAACUUUCUUCUUUAAUUGAUGAAUAUUAA